AUGGAGUUCCUCCCAGUUCUCUUCCUGGUGCUGUGUGCCAUGGUUUUCCUCGCCGGGGUGCCGUUGAAUGGCUACGUCGUCUUCGUUGCUGGCUGCCGUUUGGAGAGAACAGUCAGUGCCGUGUGGUUCUGGAGCCGGGCCGUGACCGAUUUCAUCUUCAUCGUCUUCCUGCCAAUCAGAAUCAUUUCCAUCUUCGUCUUCAAAAUUUAUAGCAUCUGGAGGCUUAGCAGCACCGUCAUCUCCUUCCACAUGUUCUCCAGCACCUUUCUCCUCACAGUCCUCAGUAUCGAUCGCUGCAUCCUUGUGGCGCGCCCUGAGUGGGCCCGGAACCAUCGCACGCCCUGCCUGGCUUUCAUGAUUGCUUUGGUCAUAUUGGCCCUGUCAGUUGGGUUCAGCCUGAGGUACGGUGAUCUCUCAGACUACCUGCUCUCACCUCCCAGCAUCAGCAUGAAUUUCCAUCCAGAUGCAGGGAGGAUGAGUGCUGCAGCUGUGAUCCAGAUCCUGGUCGGGUUUCUGAUCCCAUUAGCCUUGAUCUUAAUCCCAAUCUUGUACAUCGUUCUCGCUGCCAAGCUGAGAAGGAACAGUCUGAUCCAGUCCACCAACCCACUCAAGAUCCUUCUUGGUUUGAUCCCAACCUUUUUCCUCUGCUGGCUGCCGUAUCACAUCUUCGCCUUCCUGCAGAUCUCAGAUAUGUACCGUAUGCCUCUUCUGUACAUAGGAAGCGCUGUUGGUUGUGUCCUGACAUAUUUCAGCAGCUGCCUCAACCCCAUCUUCUACCUCACCAUGGAGGAAGAGUUUCUGAAGUACCAGCAACGUACACGCAACCCCGAAACCACCAACAAAUUGGGGCCAGAGCUGGAUGAAUAG